UCAUUGUGUUGCGAGUUCUCCCCUCUCACGCCCUCUAGCGGCUGUGUUCAAUAACUACUGUAGUGCUCAAGAAAUAGCAAGGCAAUAAUGCUAGAAAUCCAUGUUCAGUCCGAGAGCAGCAAGAAAGAUCCUGCGCUAGCCGGUGACAGACACAGAGAACAAAGCGACUGGCAUCCAGCGACUGUAAGCGAGGACCGUUGACUUGUUGACCAGCGGUGCCCUCUUUCACAUGUAAAAGUGCUAUAAACAACAUCCACGCCCGCACUGGAGCAGUCGCCCCCACGCCACGUCAGCCCGCACUCUCACUCCCCCACACCCCACUCCCUGCUCAGCUCAGCUCGGCCGCACAUGUCGCGGUCGAACACCUCCUGCUUCUCUCUGCUCCUCGUCGUCUUGCUCUCGCUCCUCGUGAGCGAGUACAGCUCCAAGCGCGCUGCCGCCGCCGCCGCCGACGACGACCGCGAGACGCUGCUCGCUGUCAGGAAGGAAUGGGGCGGACCAGCGCAGCUCGCGUCCUGGGACCCCGCCGCGGACCACUGCAGCUGGCGCGGCGUCACGUGCGCUGCCGGCGGAAGAGGGGCGGUCACGGAGCUCUCCUUCGAUGGCCUCAACCUCACCGGCACGGUCCCGGCGUCCGUGUGCGCGCUCAAGAGCCUCGCCCGCCUCGACCUCUCCUACAACCACCUUACCGGCGCCUUCCCCGCCGCCGCGCUCUACGCCUGCGCGGAGCUCGGCUUCCUCGACCUCUCCAACAACCAGUUCUCGGGGCUCCUCCCGCGCGACAUCGACCGCCUCUCGCCGGCGAUGGAGCACCUCAACCUCUCCGUCAAUCGCUUCGACGGCGAAGUGCCGCCCACGGUCACAAGGCUCCCGGCGCUCAAGUCGCUGCUCCUCGACACCAACAACUUCACGGGCGCGUACCCGGCGGCGGAGAUAAGCAAGCUCGCCGGGCUCGAGGUCCUCACGCUGGCCGACAACGCGUUCGCGCGGGCGCCCGUGCCCACGGAGUUCUCCAAGCUGAUUAACCUCACAUGUCUCUGGAUGGAACAAAUGAACCUCGCCGGGGAGAUCCCGGAGGCUUUCUCCAGCCUCACGGAGCUCACGGUGUUCUCCUUAGCGUCGAACCAGCUCACCGGCUCGAUCCCGGCGUGGGUGCUGCAGCACGCUAAGCUCCAGAACAUCUACCUGUUCAACAACAGCCUUUCCGGCGAGCUGGCCUCGAACGUCACGGCGGUGAACUUGGUUGAGGUUGACGUGUCGACGAAUCAGCUCACCGGAGAGAUACCGGAAGCCUUCGGUAACCUCAAGAACCUCACAUUCCUAGCUCUUCAUCAGAACAAGUUCACCGGUUCGAUCCCAGCGAGCAUCGGACUGCUACCGCAGCUCAGAGACAUCCGGAUAUAUGACAACCAGUUCUGCGGCGAGCUCCCGCCGGAGCUCGGAAAGCACUCGCCGCUCGGCAACCUCGAAGUGGGCAAAAAUAACCUCUCCGGCCCGCUGCGGGAGGGGCUCUGCGCCAACGGGAUGCUCUACGACAUCGUCGCCUUCAACAACAACUUCUCAGGUGCACUCCCGGCGAACCUCGGGCACUGCGUCCUGCUGGACAAUCUGAAGCUCUACAACAACCGCUUCUCCGGCGACUUCCCCGUGAACAUUUGGUCGUUCCCAAAGUUGACCACUGUGAUGAUCCAGAACAAUAACUUCACUGGCACUCUGCCGACCGAGAUAUCCUUUAACAUCUCACGAAUUGAGAUGGGAAACAACAUGUUCACCGGAUCCGUCCCGACGUCGGCAACAGGGCUGCUCACAUUCCUGGCGGAGAACAACCAGCUCGCCGGCGAAUUGCCAUCUGACAUGAGCAAGCUCGCCAAUCUUACUGAUUUGUCAGUGCCCGGCAACCGGAUCACUGGCUCCAUCCCAACAUCGAUCAAAUUGCUGCAGAAGCUGAAUUCACUGAACAUGAGCGGCAACCGAAUGUCCGGCACGAUACCCCCGGGGAGCAUUGGGCUGCUCCCGUCGCUGACGAUCCUUGAUCUGUCCGGCAACGAGCUCACCGGUGAUAUACCGUCGGACAUGGGCCAGCUUCACUUCAGCUCGCUCAACAUGUCACUGAACCAGUUCACCGGCGAGGUGCCACCGUCGCUGCAGAACCCGGCUGACAGCCGGAGCUUCCUCGGCAACCAGCUAUGCGCCAGGGCGGCGGACUGGGGCACAAACCUCCCGACGUGCCCAGGCGGCGCCCACGAUGACCUGUCGAGGUCCCUGGUCAUCCUCUUCUCAUUGCUCGCCGGCGUUGUCUUAAUCAGCUGCGUCGGCGUCGCCUGGCUGCUCUUCCGGCGCCGGAGCGACGGACAAGACGUGACGGACUGGAAGAUGACGGCGUUCACCCAGCUUGACUUCGCCGAGCAGGAGGUGCUCCGCGAAAUCCGCGAGGAGAACGUGAUCGGCAGCGGCGGGUCUGGGAAGGUGUACCGCAUCCACCUCGGCGCCGGCCACGGCCGCGACAAGGAGGGCGGCGGCGGUGGCAGGAUGGUGGCCGUCAAGAAGAUUUGGAACGCAGCGAAGCUCGACGCGAAGCUGGACAAGGAGUUCGAGUCGGAGGUGAAGGUGCUCGGCAGCAUCCGGCACAGCAACAUCGUCAAGCUGCUCUGCUGCAUCUCCAGCCAGAGCGCCAAGCUGCUGGUCUACGAGUACAUGGAGAGCGGCAGCCUCUACCGGUGGCUGCACCACCGGGACCGGGAGGGAGCUCCGGCGCCGCUGGACUGGCCGACGAGGCUGGCCAUCGCCAUCGACGCCGCCAAGGGGCUCAGCUACAUGCACCACGACUGCGCCCAGCCGGUCGUGCACCGCGACGUUAAGUCCAGCAACAUCCUGCUCGACCCCAAGUUCCAGGCCAAGAUCGCCGACUUCGGGCUCGCCCGGAUGCUUGCCAAGGCCGGCGAGGCCGAGACCGUGUCGGCCAUCGGCGGGACAUUCGGCUACAUGCCUCCAGAGUAUGGCUACAGGUCAAGGGUGAGCGAGAAGGUGGACGUCUACAGCUUCGGCGUCGUCCUGCUGGAGCUGACGACCGGCAAGGUCGCCAACGACAGCGGCGCCGACCGGUGCCUGGCUGAGUCGGCAUGGCGACGGUACCAGCAAGGACCUCCGUUCGACGACGUCGUCGAUCGCGACAUCCCGGACACGGCCUGCUACCUGCAGGACAUCUUGGCUGUGUUCACCCUCGGGGUGAUUUGCACCGGUGAGGAACCCCAAGCGCGACCGUCCAUGAAGGAUGUCCUACACCAACUCACACGGUGCUGCCGGAUGCCCGCAGAGGCGGAGACCUGCCGGGUGGAGUAGCAGAUCCUCGAGCGCGAAAAAUGCAGGAGGCAGAGGAUCAUCUCGGACUCCGGCCGGUGGGAUGGCAACGAGUGAUUCAGGUGUCAGUACACUAAUUGUUGAGUACAUUGCUAACUAGUCGGUAUUUAAAAGCACCAAACUCAAAGCAGGCAUAAACAUGACGUGUAACCCGUGACUAGAUCCAAUAUAUGAACUUAUAGACAUUAGCUCCCACUAAGAAAGCAUGUUGCUGUUCACCGAUCCA